AUGGCAGCUGCAUCUGUGUCACGUGGACGUGACGGGAUACCAGCAUGGGACGGGACCCCGUCCAGUUUUGAGGAGUAUUCUGAGCAGUGUUUGAUCUAUGAGCAGAGCACCCCGACAUACAAGCGCUACUUGGUGGGACCCAAGCUGAUUGGGGAGCUGUCUGGCGCAGCCAAGCGGCUGAUAGCAGGCCAACCGGCCACCUGGCUAUCCCAUGAUGAGGGAGUGAACACCCUGCUGCGUCACCUCAGGGCUUGCCUGGGACGUCCUCAGAUUCCAGAACUGACAGAACAUUUGAAUCGCUACUUCCGCCAAGGACGGCGCAAACCACAGGAGUCGAUGAAUGAGUACAUCUCCAGGAAGUGCGAAGUGUAUCUGAGGGCAUGCCAGGCCAUGCAGCGUGUGGCACCCUAUCAUAAGGACUCCGCCAAGGCCACCAACCAGGCCACGACGACUCCGCGGACCUGGUCUCAAGGUGGCUACGGGGGAUAUGCUGGGGCAGGCUGGUCGUGGGGCGGCUACCCGGGCGGCUACGGCUAUCAGGACUGGCAGGAUCACCAGGCCUGGAACACAACGAGCCGCCGGAACAGCACGGACACCAAUGCCUCCGAUUGGGGAAGUGAGGCAGAGACUCCCGCAGCCACACAGGCAGCGGCACCCGUGCCAUCAGCGGCCACCACCAACACCGAUGAUGAUGCCAGCGAACGCAGUGAUCACAGCUGGCAGCCACGAGAGUGGUGGCACUGGCAAUGGGCACCAUCGUGGGGAAACAGCUCGCGCGCAACCACUCAGGCAGCGGCUCUACCUGAGUUGCUGCCCGAAUUCAUACAAGGGUGGUAUCUUCUUCAAGAUGCCGGGUUGACCCCGGCAGAACGGAACCUCAUCCAGACCGCGGUGCAGAACGACUUCUCGCUGCAGCGAGUGGCGCAGGAACUUCGUUCACAAUUUCAUGACAUUGAUCAGCACCGUCGGGACCACCGCCCGACAAGUUAUCUCGGCACCGUGGACGAGGAGGAUGAGCUUGAGGAGGAGGGCGCAGCGGACGAUGGCUUCGCGGCUGAGGACCUGGACCCCGAGGACCUGGCUAUGUGGACGGAGGCCGCGCAGGACAUUGAGCAAGCCUGCGCAAUCAUCCAAAAUGCAAGGCGUACGCUCAAGGAAGCAAGGGCCAAGCAAUCGGCAGUACGCCUGGCCAGGAAAUACUACAAGCCGGGAACCUACCAGAAGCCACGUGACGACUCACAGAUGAUCUGUCUGAAGUGUGGAGUCAAAGGGCACCGAGCAGCGAACUGCACAGACAGUUCGAAGAGUGCCUCCUCAGGUGCGACCCAAUCCGCACCGUUCGUAUGCUUCUCCGAUCAGGCACUCGCCACCGGCGAGACCGAGGAGCAGGCCCUGCUGAGCACACGUGAAGCAGUGAAGAGUGGAUACGCGGUGAUUGAUGGCGGUGCCACAAGGACCUUAGGGAGUGUAGCCGCGAUCCAGAACGUGAUGGAUAUCAAUGCCCAGAAGUAUGGGGAAUCAAGGGUGCUAUCGGUGGACCUGGCUAACCAGCCAGUCUUCGGCUUUGGCAACUCAACGGAAAACCGUUGUGCAAGCACGGUGGAGCUGGGCAUCAGCGCCGGCGAUCGGGCCGGCCAGCUCACCAUCCACGCCCUUGAUCGUGGGGACAGCCCAAUCCUGUUAUCAGUGGCGUCAUUGCGCUCUUUGGGCGCAAUCAUAGACUUCUCGGAGGACCUGAUUUGCUUCCGACAUGUGGACCCAGGUCGUAUCCUCUCCGUGGAGCGAUCCACGACAGGCCACCAGCUGCUUCCCCUGACGGAGAACCUCUACAAGAAUGCCAAGCCGACAAAUCGUCCCGUGCCAAGUUUGGCAGAGUAUGUACAGAUCUCGAAAAACGAGUAG